AGUGUCAUUCAUCCUGCCAUGAAAAGAAAUCACAUUUUAAUCAUUCGGGAGAAAAUAUCGUUUAGAAAACUAAACCGUUUCUCUCGAAACUGUCAAAAAUUCUAAUUGUUUCAUAAGUCAAACAACAUGUAAAUAAACCUGAAAUAAAGUUCAAUGUCAAUCCUUUGUAUAUUUUACUAAAAGAUCGAACAUUAUAAUGAUGUGUCUAGUUCCCGCUUAAACUCCGGCCCAAACUUAAACCUUUUCGACAAAUGAGACGCUUUUGUUGAGUUCGGACGUUGCUCAUUAAGGUUAUUCCGAAAUUAAUGUUAAACCCCGGAACACUACACGCCCGCUCGACUUCCCUGGGAUCGCUCGAACUCAGAACAAGUUUAAGUGCGGGUCAUCGCGGGACGUGUCAACAACUACUCCCAAAAUGCAUCUUCGACUAAUAUCAGUUCUUGUAAUCACCAUCGCCUGUGCCCAUGGUCAAGGACCAGCAGGUCCAUCAGCACGCUACAGCACGAAGACUGGAUACGAAACGAGCUUCGAACCGGGAACCGACGAAAAGGCCCAGCGGUUGAGGGACUGGCAGACGAUAGCUCGAGAUGUCGGGGAGAGCGCCUCGUUGACCGGCUGCAAGCCAGCAGGCGUCUAUGUAGUCCAUCGACAUGGACUGCGCUACCCCAGCGAUGGCGAUAUCGAAGAUUACAAUGUCAUCUUGGCGAGGAUGAAACUGACCGGCGUCAACGACGAGUUCGACUACCUGCUCAACAUCACGGAUAACCUCUAUCCGAUAGCUGUGGAAGGCUCUCUACAUCCUGCUGGGUUGGCUGAAAUGGAAGAGUUGGGUACAAGAAUCAAACAACGUCUUCCAGAAUUGUUCGUCGAAGAUGGUCUCUCUGGAUUCGACUUCCAAGGCACGUAUCGACAGCGGACGAUCGACAGUGCUCAAGGUUUUAUCAACGGUCUUCAAGGUCUGGAAGCAAAUUGUACCGUCUCGAGCAAAUCGUCAACAAGGGACGAAUUAACUUGUACGUUCAAUUCGACGACGAACACUGAAACAGUAGCCAUCGACCACGCACUCGAAGGCGAAGACCUCCUGUUGAAGUUCUACGAGAGCUGUACCAACUUCAUCACCGACGUCGACGACAACGAUGCCGCGGUUAUCGAAGUUGAUAGGUUCGGUGAGGGACCAGAACUCACUUCGGCCUAUCAAUCGGUGGCCGAUAAACUCGCCCCCAUAGGAUGGACAUCACCAUGGAACAUGACAAAAGAUGACCUUGAAGUUAUGCAUCAUAUGUGUGGCUAUGAAAGUGGAUACUACGGUUCCUCCCCCUGGUGCAACCUCUUUUCAAAUAACGAGUCUUUGGCAGUGGAAUACUGGCUUGAUCUUAAACAGUACUGGACAGAGGGUUAUGGCUACGACAUCAAUCACCAAAUGGCCUGCCCACUCGUUGAUGAUAUCCUCAACUAUAUGACGUCAGUUAUGACAAAUAGAACCCAUAGAGGCAGUUUCAAGUUCGGCCAUUCAUCUACUUUUCAACCUUUACUGGCGAUUCUCGGCCUUUACAUGGACACGCCCAAACUACUCGCCAGCAACUAUGACGUCAGCGUGAACCGCGCCUGGAGAAGCGGUCGUAUAUCACCCAUGUCCGGUCACCUAAGCUUCAACGUUUUCCAGUGUCCUAGCGAGCAGAACCGCGUACUGGUUCUUCACAACGAACUCCCGAUCAAGGUCGGAAACUGCGAGGAUUUCUUCUGCGCCUAUGACGAGGUGGCGUCGCAUCUCAAAACGUCUUCGAAUGGUUGCCAAUGGGACGCCCUCUGCGGGACCGAUGGAUUGUACCCUGGAGUCGGUGGCGCUGAAGCUCUUUCGAAGGUGUCCAUUUUAACACUGAUGUGUGCUCUACUUGUGUCUUUCUCUUCGUCGCCAUAGAGAUUAUGUUAAUUGAAUUUCUUUCUCUUUUUUUUUUAGCUGAACAAUGCUGAACACUAUAUUGACGGAGUUUCUUUGAAUAUACGGAUGACGUAGUCUUAUUAGUCGUACAUUUUUAUCGUAACAGUCUCAGUACAAAUGUUAAUGAUUUGCGUACUUAAGGCUACACCUAGAUUAUCACAACUGUCAACUUCAAGGAUCGAUGCCACUCAAUAUUAAACUAACAUUGAGUAGUAAGAUUCUUUUUACUCUGUUUCUAAAUUCAUAGAUGUUUGAGUGCACAAUCCAUGGUUGAUUUUUAACUCUUUCCACAACAAACCAUCGUAAUCCUGGUUCAUAGCUCAAAUUCUUUUCAUCAUAUAAAGCUUCUUGUUUGUAAGGGGCAUUUAUACUAGAUGAACACUUAAAUAUCUUGCACAAUGAUUUGUAGGACUUUGUCUUUGUGUUCCUGCGAUAAUUGUCUAAAAUCUUCCUGCUUGCGAUUUUGGAGGCAUUUUAGUUGGAGAGCAGGGUCAGCCCUAUGAAAUGAGAGUAGUGGAUAAAGAGGGGGAAAGGAUGAAGAAAAAGAUAUAUAAACAAAGAAGAAACAACAGUAGGAAAAUUUGAGAUCUGGGCGUCGUUGCAUAAACAAUAGUAUUAUGUUAACUUUGCCAUCCAAUGGUAACUUUCAAAGAACCAUUGAUUUUGAUUGGCUGAUGAGCAUUACCAUGAAAGUUUCCAUUUGAUGGCAAAGUUACUAUAAUAAUAAGUUUUGUGUAACGGGACCCUAGGUCUCUGCAUGGAAUCGUACGAACGCGACCCAUGCUUCUCAUAUUUUCAACCUAUGCAUCGCGAUGGUCGUGCGUUCCCCGCACGAGCUAUAUGUGCAUUAUUGUGUGGUCUUUAAAUUAUAUGAGAACCAAUAAUGACAACCGUAAUGCUGAGAAGGUAAUCGUAGUCUCACUCUCACUAAAAAGUGAUGUACGAACUGUUUUGAUAUGAAAGAGUAAAUUCAAGUUUUGUUACGGAAGAAUUAAUAAGUGUGAGACUAAAUUUAAUAAAAUUUCAAUUUCCAUUUCAAUUAUUUUGAUUGAUCAUUGAGUGCUUCUUUAGGUUGAUAUCUAUAAAAGUUAUGUACAUUAUAUGUUAAACAUGCUGUGAUGAUGGGAGCUUUAGGCAUCGGAAACGCGGACAGACUACAGGCCUAACGGUUCUCACAGAAAAGAGGGAAUGAUAGAUUUAAGGUACCUUCAGGAUAUAUUUUCAUUUGUAUCGUUUGUUGAGGCUUCUAUAGAAGACGAUGGUAUCAAGAUAAUUGGAUUUGGAAAUGAGUUAUAUUGAUUA